CUCGCAGCCCGGUCCAGGUCCCUCCCGCCCCGAGAGCGCAGAGCCGCGAUGGAGACCGUGCAGGAGCUGAUUCCUCUGGUCAAGGAGCUGGUCGCGCAGAAGCCCAGCCGGAGGCUGGUGAAGGUGUACGUGCUGGGCGGCGUGCUCGCCCUGUUCGGCGUGGUGCUCGGCCUGGUGGAGACCGUGUGCGGCCCCUUCGCCGCCGCCAGCCGCCUGCGGGACGAGCAGGCAGCCGAGGGCGCGCUGCGGGCCGCCCUGGAGCGCCAGGCCCUCCAGACGCAGACCCUGCUGGAGAAAAGCAAGCGGCACGAAGGCGUCGUCUGCAGCCGGGCCCUCGCCAACCGGCAGCACGCCUCCUAG